UACCACUCCAUCUCCCAUCCCCGCCUCGACGAAUCCUCCACGACCGAAAAGCAGCGCCUCUGCUGCACCCUCCUCCGCGCGCCACUAGUCGAGCAAGUCAUAGACCGCUCUCCACCAUGGGCUUGCUAUCGAGGAAAAAUACCAAGGACAAUGUGCUCGUCGACGACACGAUGACAACCUCUGCAGCAGGCACAGAUACAGGCGCAUCCACCACCCCCGAAAUGGUUUCUGCAAAGACUUCCAUGGAGGAGACGAGCCGCCCCACUACCAGCUCAGCCCCCGCUGCCGCGCCCGCUGUAGACACCGCUGCAGUUGAUAUCCCCGGCGACGGGCAGAAUGUGUCGGAUACUUCCAAGCUCAAAACUUUCUUAGGCAUUCUGCGCCGCUUCAUUGGAGUCUCAGAUAUCGCCGCUGUCCGAUUCUCGCUACCAGCACAACUCCUCGAGCCUAUUCCCAAUCUCGAAUACUGGCACUAUCUCGAUCGACCCGAGACUUUUGCCGCUAUUGGCGACAGUGAUGAUUCGGUGGAGAGAAUGCUAGCAUGUCUGCGAUUCUGGUUUACCAAAGAUCUGAAAUACGUGAAGGGGAAGCCGUGCAAACCUUACAAUUCGAGUUUGGGAGAGUUCUUCAGGUGUACGUGGGAAGUCGAAGCGUCCGAGGCGGCAAAGACGACGGGAACACAUAAGCCGGUGAAGGUCAACUACCUCACCGAGCAAACCUCGCAUCAUCCUCCCAUUUCUGCUUUCGUGUACGAUUGUCCGGAGAAGGGAAUCGAAGCGACAGGGUAUGAUCAAUUGUCUGCAAAGUUCACAGGCACAAGCGUGAAAGUGACACCGGGGCAUCUGAACAAGGGCAUCUUUGUCAAAUUGAAGAAUCGGGAUAACGAAGAGUACCAAUUGACACAUCCUGCGGCGUUCCUAGGAGGAUUCUUACGAGGAAACCUAUACAUCAGUGUCGCCGAUAUCUGUACCGCGAGCUGUGCCAAAACCGGUCUCAAGACGAUUUUGCAGUACCACGAGGAAGGCUACUUUGGAAAGACGCAGAACAAAGUCGAGGGCAUCUUAUACAAACCUGCGGACUUUACCAAUGAUCCCGUGACGAAAUUAAAGGAUGUGCCGACGAAACAAAUUCUAGGAAGAAUCGAGGGAGUGUGGACAGAGAAAGUCUGGUACUCGCCUGGAGCCACCGAGUUCAAAAAGACCAAAGAGUCGGAUCGCAUCUUACUCAUUGACGUGACUCCUCUCCACCCAGUGCCCAAAAAGUGUCCCCCAAUGAACAUGCAACUGAACAACGAAUCCCGAAAAUUCUGGUGCAACGUGACCAAAGCCAUCGAAACGAAGCAAUUCGGCACAGCGACGAAUGAGAAGACGGCGCUGGAAGAGCGUCAACGGAAACGAGCUGCCGAGAGACUCCAAAAGGGCGAGACGUGGCAGCCCCGAUUCUUCUCCUCGGUGACGGAAAGUGAUGGGAAAGCCAUUUUGAGUGACGAGGGGAGACAUGCGUUGGACGGCAUGGAAAAGGAGGAAUAUCAAUUAGCGGAGCCUAAAGAAUAUGGGGCUCUGUAGCCUGCCUUUUUUGUUUUGCUUUUCGUGUCCGAUUGUUUUUUGUCGUGUGUCUGAUUUUCGUUGUCAUUGUCGUCGUCGUCAUCUUCAUCGUCGAUGACAAGACUGACUGGCACGGAAUAAGAAUGUGUGUGUGUGUGUGAGGUGUGAGGUGUGUUCAAGAAAUCAGCUUCUUCAUGCAUGGAUGAAUGGACGGAUGAAUCGGCUGGCGUUUUCCCGCGCUGUGUGCGUGUGUGUGUGUGCGCGGAUGUGUGGGCUGCAAGUCUUUUUCUUAUUGUUGGGUAAUUUUCCCUAAUGAUGAAGGGGGCGCCCCAUAUAUGGAGAUGGGAAUUCUUCUUUUUAUUUUUUUUUGCUUCGAGUUGUAGAUACGGAGGAGGAGGAGGAGUUAUCACCACCACCACCUCCUCCCUGAUGGAAUAUGGAUGGAUGGAUGAUGAUCCAAGGAUUGAUUGAUUGAUUGCUGCUACUGCUGCAGUUACAGUUGAAGAGGAUUUGAGAGGCAGAUACAGUAAGGGUAUUAAGGGUUACUAGUUAGUUAGAGGAUGGAUGGAUGGAUGGAUGGAUGGAUGCUCCAAGCGGAGAGCUAAAGAACAACAAUAACGGACGGCUACGACAACAACAACGU